GUUUCGAGUGAUGCACAUGCGCAGCGUCUCCAUUGUGUCUCGUGGAGAUAAGCGCACGCGAGGCCUGAAAUAAACAUCAACGGGAUAAUUAAGGUGCGCGCGCGAGCGAGCGGAUACAGAGGAAACUCGGCACUGAGAUGGCGGAGGCAGCGGCGCAGGCGUCCUCACAGGCGCGGCUUCAGCAAGGCCAGAGCGGAGGCUCGGCGGGCUCAGGAUCGGGGUCCGGAAGCAGCGACCCGGCUCGGCCCGGUCUGAGCCAGCAGCAGUGGGCGAGUCAGAAAAAAGCGCAAGUCCGCGCGUUCCCACGGGCAAAGAAGCUUGAGAAGCUCGGAGUGUUUUCGGCUUGCAAGGCCAACGAUUCCUGUAAGUGUAACGGAUGGAAGAACCCUCAGCCUCCGACAGCCACCCGGAUGGAGCUCCAGCAGCAGGCGGCUGAUUUGAGCGAGGCCUGUCGCAGCUGUGGUCACACCCUCGCGGAGCACGUGUCUCACCUGGAGAACGUCUCCGAGGACGAGAUUAACAGGCUGCUCGGGAUGGUGGUGGACGUAGAAAACCUCUUCAUGUCCGUGCACAAGGAAGAAGACACGGACACCAAGCAAGUCUACUUCUAUCUGUUUAAGCUGUUGAGGAAGUGUAUACUCCAAAUGGGCAAACCAGUAGUGGAGGGUUCACUAGGAAGUCCACCGUUCGAGAAACCCAACAUAGAACAGGGAGUGUUAAACUUUGUGCAGUAUAAGUUCAGUCACUUGGCUCCUAAGGAGAGACAGACGAUGUAUGAGCUGAGUAAGAUGUUUCUGUUGUGUCUGAACUACUGGAAGCUGGAAACGCCGUCUCAGUUCCGCCAGCGCGCCCAGAAAGAAGACGCUUCUGCUUACAAAGUCGACUAUACCAGGUGGCUGUGCUACUGUCACGUGCCUCAGAGUAACGACAGUCUGCCUCGCUACGAAACCUGUCAGGUGUUCGGCCGCAGUCUGCUCAAGUCCAUCUUCACGGUCACCCGCAGGCAGCUACUGGAGAAGUUCAGAGUAGAGAAAGACAAACUACCACCAGAGAAACGCACACUUAUUCUCACACACUUUCCCAAGUUUCUUUCUAUGCUGGAGGAAGAGAUCUAUGGUGAGAACUCUCCUAUAUGGGACGCAGAAUUCACGAUGCCAGCUAAUGAAGGAGCCCAACUGGGGCCCCAGACAGUGUUGAGUCCAGUAGCGGUUUCUGGUUCUCCUCUGCGGAAAGGUGCUGGUGGUCCCGGUGGUCCAGACGCAUCCUCCUCUGAACCCGUCACAGGAGAGAAGAGGAAGUUACCAGAAGCCCUGACCCUAGAGGAUGCCAAGCGGAUCAGGGUGAUGGGUGAUAUCCCUAUGGAGCUGGUCAACGAGGUGAUGACGACCAUCACUGACCCUGCUGCCAUGCUCGGUCCAGAGACAAGUCUCCUGUCUGCGAAUGCAGCGCGGGAUGAGACGGCACGUCUGGAGGAGAGGAGAGGCAUCAUAGAGUUCCACGUGAUCGGUAACUCGCUCUCUCAGAAGUCCAACAAGAAGAUCCUGAUGUGGUUGGUUGGGCUGCAGAACGUCUUCUCCCAUCAGCUACCACGCAUGCCCAAAGAGUACAUCACACGCCUCGUCUUUGACCCGAAACACAAAACUUUGGCUCUGAUUAAAGAUGGCCGUGUGAUUGGUGGGAUUUGCUUCCGAAUGUUUCCCACUCAGGGCUUCACUGAGAUCGUUUUCUGUGCUGUUACUUCAAAUGAGCAAGUAAAGGGCUAUGGCACUCACCUGAUGAAUCAUCUGAAGGAGUAUCACAUCAAGCAUGGCAUUCUUUACUUCCUGACCUACGCUGAUGAGUAUGCUAUUGGUUACUUCAAAAAACAGGGCUUCUCCAAAGACAUCAAAGUGCCAAAGAGUCGUUACCUUGGCUACAUUAAGGAUUAUGAAGGAGCCACGCUGAUGGAAUGUGAGCUCAAUCCCAGAAUCCCCUACACAGAGCUGUCUCACAUCAUCAAAAGGCAAAAAGAGAUCAUCAAGAAGCUGAUUGAGAGGAAGCAGAGCCAAAUCCGUAAGGUGUACCCCGGCCUCACCUGCUUCAAGGAGGGAGUCCGACAGAUACCUGUGGAGAGCAUUCCAGGCAUUAGAGAAACAGGUUGGAAACCCAGCGCUAAAGAGAAAAAUAAAGAACUGAAGGAUCCUGACCUUCUCUACAACAUACUGAAAAAUCUCCUGGCUCAGAUUAAAACACACCCAGACGCUUGGCCCUUUAUGGAGCCAGUGAAGAAGUCCGAAGCUCCAGACUACUACGACAUCAUCAAAUUCCCUAUUGACCUGAAGACCAUGACGGAGCGUCUUAAGAACCGCUACUACGUGACCAAGAAGCUGUUCAUCGCCGACCUGCAGCGAGUCAUCACCAACUGCAGGGAGUACAACCCUCCUGACAGCGAGUACUGCAAAUGCGCCAACACGCUCGAGAAGUUCCUCUACUUCAAACAGAAAGAGACCGGCCUCAUCGAUAAGUGACCCGACGCUCACACAGCGGUGGGAUUUAAAGGGGCAGGACGUGUACAGCAGCAGGCAUCACCAAAAACUCCCUGUCACGCGAAGACGUACAAGACAGAACAAUCAGAAAUGUGUGUGAGGAAGAAGAGGAGCGAAGUCACUGGGCAUUAGGGAUGUAAAAAUGAACUUCUGGUGGUUAAAGUCUCGCUUUGGACCUUGUUAUUCUUUCCGUCUGGUUUCGGCACGUCGUAUACGCACAGUUUAGAGAAUAACACGUCUGAUAAUACCGAUUAAACCCGUUCGUAUCGAUACUCCGUCAUAACGUUCUACCACAGCGCUGUUGAAUGCUCAAUUCUGAUUCGUCAGAUAGUAAUGAUCCAUUUUCUACAUCAGAAGCUCUGACAGUCUGUUAGGUUUAUAUUGUAAUGUUCUGCUUCUUAUACGUUUAUCGUUUCUAUAUAUACAUAUCUACAUGUAAUAUACUCACAGACUUUUUUUUUUAUAGUGUUCCAAUUUCUCAAUAACAUGACACAGUUUUUUAUUAAUAGGCUGGUUAUUAACUUUAACAGAGAAAAACAAUGAGGCUGGUGAGGGAAUAAUUGUUGUUUGGGAAAUAUUGCUGCUAUAAUGUACAUCGUUUCAUUGUUACAAAUGGGUAAAAAAGUGCUUUUUAUUCUGCAACUAAUACAUUGGCAGCGUGGGCAAAUUGCACCGAUCUAAGGAAUUAAAAACACUUUUGCGAUACAGUCUUAAAAAUGGGUAAACGUUUAAGAGCGGUAACAGUGACUCCAUGUCACAACACUCGGCUAUUGAUUAUUUUCCCUUUAACAGCAUAUCCAGAGCUGAUUUAUUCCACACACAGGCUACGUUAAAAUGCUUAGCGAUUAAGCUUUCUUGCGUCAAAAUCUGCAUAUACGCUACGGAUCCAGCGUUUACUCACUAUAAGGUGACACCGAUUGCUCAUCGAUAGUGUACACAGAGCCACAAAUAGUCCAAUGGAGCCAGGAGUGACUUACGAUAUAGAAGAGUUGAGGCCAGUUCUCAGUGAAAUGUUUCUGUGUGUCUAAAUUCUCUUCAUGUUUUCGAAUCGGUUUUGUUUACAUUUGUUAUUCUUAUCGCUCCCAUAUGUGCCAUUCCUCCAGCGAAUCCAUACGGGAAACCACACUUAGGGCUUCUUGCCCAUGUCUUUGAACUACUGUAAUUUCUUUCUGGACUGUAAGGCUAAAGCUGCACGUUAUGUGUUACAGUUGCAUCGACUCGGGUUUAAUUUUUUACCGUCCGAGCGCAGAAUAUAGACAAAUAUUCUGAUGGAAUUGAGCUGAAUAUACAAAAAAAAAAAAGCAUGAUCGUGCUGUAUUUAUGUGCCACGUUUCUGUUUGACAGACUGCAUAUGAAAUGUUCACAGGAUAUAAUAUUAUAUAUCUAUUAAAAUCUCAGCACCAGAUCAACACGUCUCGGUUUAGCACCUCUGUUCAUUUGCAGGUAUAAGCCAUAUUUAUCACUGCAGUGUUUCUUCAGUGCUUUGAGAGAUGAUGAUGUCCACUGGAAUGCAUUUUUUUUUUUUGUGUGGAAAAGUAAACACAAAAAAACGCUCCCCGUGUAUCAGAAUAGAUUUUUUUCUUUACUUUACUUUAUUAAAGUGUGUGUUGAAAUGUUACACAGAUCAACACACACCCUUACGUACCUGUUCGUGAUGUUCUGAUGUUGCAUGAUCUCAGCAACUUUACUCUUUGCAUUAAAGAAUGUAGCUCAUGACGUUAACACGAAAACGAUCUUCCCCGUUCUUCCCCUCCUCAAUGGAGGAUGAUGUUCAUGGCUUUGGUUACAUUUUGGUGCAUUUCUUUGUACUGUAAUUCUGUUUAUAUAUAUAUAUAUAUAUAUAUA